AUGAAUCCCGUCGCCCUUGGACGGCGUCCUGUCUUCGGGCCCCGGGCGCUGCGGCCGUUGUCUGUCUCAAACUCGCCCUCGGCGCAAAGGGGAUCCAGCUCGGCCGCGCUGGUCGGCGGUCGCCGAAUCCUCCGCAUUGGGGCGCAACGGGUGGACGAAAAGACGGCACAAAGCGCUGAAACCGACUCUGAGGAUGCUGCCUCCGUUUCCGCCACUCCUGAGGUCGGCUCUGCCGAUGAUGCCACCAAGAAAUGGGGAUUGGAGUUCGGCAUCUUCAAGGCGAUGACAUCCAAAGAUGGGACGAAAAAGGGGCGGGCGGAGCAGGCCAAGGAGCUGCUGAAGAAAUACGGCAGUGCGUACCUCAUCACGUCCAUCUCGUUCGCCAUCAUCUCCUUUGCGCUGUGCUACGCCCUAGUGUCCGCGGGCGUGGACGUCGCGGCCUUGCUCGCGAAAGUGGGAAUCUCUGCGUCAGGCACGAACGAAACCGUGGGCACCGUGGCGAUUGCCUACGCGGCCCACAAGGCCGCGUCGCCGAUCCGCUUCCCCCCAACGGUCGCGCUGACGCCCAUUGUGGCGGAGUGGAUUGGAAAGAAGGUGGACAACAGUGCGGGGGGGGAUGGCCUGGACGAGUCUGGAGACAGUGGGAGUGGGUGA